AUGAACACGGCGGAUAGCACCGCUAUGGUAGCGAUCUUCGUAGCUCACUUUGCAACCGAUUCGUUUUCGAUGGAGUUCUUCGUGAGGUACGGUAAUUCGUCAUUGAUCGACUGCAACUGGGCUUCAAGUGUUGAAUUACUGGAUGGGACCUCGGGACUUCACUACAGCUACUCGUGGAUAGACUUGAGCUGGAAGCAACUCGGUCGAGUAGCAACAUGCAGCAACAUGGUAAACGUUGACACAGGUCUGGGAUCGCAGCAACUGCAAAGUCUGGCUGAAUUAUCGACUAGCUGUCGGGCAGCUCAAGUGGAAAUACACAGGGUACAACGGAACAACUGCUGCCGAUAA